CGGCAAGUUUGUCGGGAGAAGGUGGGUGGCCUAGUGUGGGCUUAACUUGUCGUCUCCCUGCCUCUCUCUUUCUUCCAUGUCACGAUGCUGACGAUCUAGUUGGAGGCUGUGUUGAAGAAAAAACGAGCCUUGAAGCUUAGAUGUUUUUUCCUUAGAGACCGAGUCUGAGAAAAAAAGAAGCAAUCCACAACUCCCCCACGCUCAUGUUACCGAGUUGUGGCCAAAGAAUUUUGUCGUAGCUCGUUGGUUUUGUGCAGGUUAAUCUGCUUCUGAGGAUUUCUGUUUGGGUGUCAAGUCCGUGCAAGCUACUUUGUGUGAGAGGGAGGAAACCGGUCGAGGUCGCUGCUCAUUCUUGUCAACAGGUUUUUGAGUUAUCAUUGGGCGAGGCAGAGUUCGACCAUUUACGUUAACGUAGUGGAUUUGUUGAUCAAAGAAUGCUGGCAGAGCUUAAGUGACGUUGAGACUACUGAAUGCAAUGCCGCCGAUCGCAAAGAGAGCCAUGGAGGAGCCGGAAAGAAACUGGCUGGAUCACCGCAGCGCUUCAAUUGGAAGCUUCAUCGAUUUGGACUUAAGUUUAGACAUAGUGCCCAACAAGUUUGAAGCGGGACGUGACAGCAGGCGAUUGUCAUCUUCAUGUCGACCACAGGGAAUGGAAAAGAGGAAGGGAAAUGCUUGGGCUGAAGCCAACGAGUUGCAGAGCAAUCUUCACGUCGAAAUUGGUGAUCGUAGGUUUCAAUUGCACAAAUUACCUCUCAUCUCUAAAAGCGGCAGACUCAACCGCCUAGUGUUCGAGCUACGCGACUCCAAUAGGGAUAGCAUAGCUCUCCAUGGCAUACCAGGGGGUGCGGAUGCAUUCGAAGACGCGGUGCGAUUUCUUUAUGGCAAGAGCAUCCCGCUCAAUGCUGCCAAUGUGGCUGCUAUUCGUUGUACUGCCGAGUAUUUGGAGAUGAACGAUAGCUUAGGAGAGGGUAGCUUGGUUGCGAAAGCUGAGCAUUACUUGAACCUCUUUGUCGUGGGGUCAUGGAAAGACUCAAUAACCGUCCUGCGAUCAUGCUCGGAUCUUACACCCUGGGCAGAGGAGCUCGAAAUCGUGCGGAGGUGCAGUGAAUCCGUUGCAUGGAAGGCGAGCACCGACCCUCACGGACUCCGUUGGUCGUCUUCCAAAAGCUGGGGCCGCAAAGAGGCCACUCGCGGCUGGUGGUUCGACGACGUUUGCAGCCUCUACAUUGACACAUUCAGCAAAGUGAUUAAUGCCAUCAUUUCUAAGGGCAUUGACUACACAAUGAUGGCCGCGGUGUUGGUACUGUACGCCGAGAAAUGGCUGGGUCUGACGCCCGAGACCCAGCCUGCUCAAAGUGAUUCCCUCAAACCCAGUGGUAGCGUUGUUGCAUCCACAGGAUUUAGUCAAGAAUUGAUGUCCAAGGUACAGAUCAAGAACCGUGCCAUUGUCCAGGGUAUUGUAAGCUUGCUCCCUUCGCAGCCCGACUCUGUAUCCUGCAAAUUUCUGCUCAAGCUGCUACGAGCUGCUUGCGCCGCAAACGCUGGCUCCAUGUGCAAGACGGAUCUAGCGAGGAGAAUCGGCCCUCAGCUGGAGAAGGUCUCAGUAGAUGAGCUGCUCAUGCUUGCUUGCAACGCUAACGGUGAUGCCAUGUAUGACAUUGAAGUGGUGCACCAGAUCGUGGAGUAUUACCUUCAAGAACAAAGCUCAGGUAGUUUACCCGUUAGCCCCACGAUCGGCGGUGGAAAGUCGAUCAUCGCGAGUGCAACUCCCACGAGCAUCUCUGGCAUGACCGUUCCUUUCAGUGACGUAGAUACGAAUAGCGUUGCCGGGCGAUGCAGCGUCUCAGGGACUAGUGCGUCUCGCACGAGCAUUUCUAGCACAAGCUCGUCGCGCACAAGUAUUUCAGGCAUCUCAAGCUCAAGCAACUCACGUCCAAACAUUUCUAGCUUGAAUAUCUCGGGGUCAACUGUCACAAGCAUUUGCGGGCGAAGAAUCUCGGGGGGUGGGACUUCGAUUUCCCGCACCACGUCGGGCACGAGUGAUAUGUCUGGAUGUGACGAAAGCACCAUUACUCGGACAACGAGCAACAGCGAGGAAUUUAGCGUGAAGGUUGACAACAGGUUCGAGAAGUCUAAGUUCUUUACUACAGAAGGUCCCACGAGGAAAUUACAGCUUCCUCCAACGUCAACAAAUCUUGUGGUGGCACAGCUCUUGGAGAGUUAUUUGGAAGAGGUUGCCAAGGACUCGAGUAUUCCUCUUGGGAAGUUUGUAGCAUUUUCUGAACUGUUUAUCGAGUUUCCUCGAGAGUCGGAUGAUUGCGUCUACAGAUCAAUCGACACAUUCCUACGGUUUCACCCAACCUUGAACGAUCAAGAGCGCCGAAAACUGUGCAAAGUGAUGGACAUUCAAGCUCUGUCCCUUGACGCGUGCAUGCACGCUGCCUCGAAUGAACGUCUUCCUCUGCGGGUGGUCGUUUCGGUGCUGUUCACAGAGCAAGUGAAGCUGCGCAAUGCCAUUACAGGCUCGGCUGUUGUCAAUGACAAGGGUGUGGAUAGCAUUCCAAUCAUCCUCUCUUCCGCUUCCAGGGAAUUUAACUCUGAAUCCCACUCGGACCCGCUGUCAAGUUCCAAGGCCUCUACAAACACUUCCACGGACACAUCCGCAGGCAGUCUUUCAACUGUAAGCGGCUCAAGCAGCAAGGUGUACAGCCUGUCUAUUCCAAACAGGGCUCCCAGCGUGGCACCCAGUGGGGCACCCAGCGCGGCCCAUAGCGCUGCUUUAAGUGCCGUGAACUCUGGCUUGCUGAGUGGGUUGACUGUCAAAGACAAACUUCGGAGUGCGCUCUCUGAUAUUGAGUGGCUACAGACGGCGGUGCAAGACAUUGAGAUGUUGAAGGCUCGUCUUAGCCUCAUGAAUGUCCUCCAGCAGGACAUGGAGAAUAUGAGCAGGAAGUUCAUGGAUUUGGCUCACGAUUACACCGAGAUGACGCAUCAGGUGGAAGAACUGACGAAAGUUACCAAGCAAAAAAGUAGCUGGACCUCUGGAUGGAAGAAGAUGUCGAAGCCGUUCCAUGGGAAGGAUCAGCCUGAUCCGCCAAAGACCUUCAACCACACCUCAGACUUGGAGAAGCACUUGAAGGCUGCAUCAGACACCAUUCCCUUGUACCAGCAAAUGAAUAUCCUCCAUCCUACUGAUGUUCCUUUUCUUCAGAAUCUUCAAACUCCGAAGACGUCAGUGCAAGCAGCUGCAGCCGACACUCCACUAGAAUCUCCGAAGCUAGCAUCAGCGGCAUCAGAUUCGAAGGUUUUAGAAGCCAAGUCGGAGACGCUAGUCAAGGUUGUCGUGCCCCAUGUUGAAUACCAGGAGGUGGAGGCUGUUCUAGUUCAACCGCAGAGUGCUGCUCCCGAAGAACCGCCAUCUAAUUCCACUGGAGCUGUUGCUUCUGAAGCGGAGAAAAGCACAGCAACAGAAACAGCAGAUUCCCAGCAAGACAGCGUCUCACAUCAAUACAGACAAGUGAAGACCCCAGUCCGCCAGUCUCGUACUCGGCACCGCCCUUCAUCUCCACCUUCUGAAGGUCACCAUGAUCGCCACUACGUCAAGGACUGCGACUCUAUUUCCAUAUCCAGUGACAAAACCGAUUCCGUCAUGCACAGCGAUCCACGCCAUCGACACCGAGACAAGAGCUCGGGCCAUCGCCAGCAUAGAGACCACUCCGAAGACCGCAACCAUCGAAGCAGUCCACAUGGCCGGGGUGAGCACAGGGCUCACCACCGACACAAGGAUGGAUCCCCGGAGCGUCACAUGAGCAACCACUUCGGAGACUUCAGCCCAGACGAACGCCAUCGUCGAAGCCACUACAGCCCAGAGCAUCACCUCAGAAAAGGUCUCCAUCAUCAUGGCAAGGAUCCCCCUCGUCAAAGCAACGCCAGCGCAAGCAACCACCCCAGAGAUCGCAGCCCAGACGACCGCCAUCGCCGAGGCCACCUUAGCCCCGAGCCUCACCUCCGGAAAGAGCACCCCCAGAGCACGAAGGACCCGCCUCGUCCAACCAAUGUGAGCAACCACAAGCACGGCUCGGAUUAUCACUCCAGCAACCAUAGCCACCUCAAGCUGCACCAUAGGAGCCAUCACAAACACCAUCACAGGAGAGAUUAUGACUCUGUGUCGAGCUUCAGCAGCGACUCUGGAUCAAGACCAUCCAGACCUCGGCGGCAUUCGGGAGUGUAAACCAUUCUGCAACCCAAUAUUUUUCCUCUUUCAACAACAGUUCAGGGCGUCUGUAAUUUAAGCUAUCAGUAGAGCGAGCUACAUACAAUAGAAUCUUGGAAUUUAUUUUAAGCUAUGCUAAUUUAAGCAUUAGCAUAGUGAAGGUAGCCAUCGUUAGAAACAAUGAGAAUUUGGGUCCUUCCUCCUAAAUGCGAGGUCUUGUACAACGCCGCUUCGGCGACACACCAAGCUUUGUAUAGUGUGAUAUCUUGCCACGAUCA